CUCUUCCAUUUUUCCAUUUGAUGUUCCAAGAAUUCUGAUGGAUCAUCAUACAGAUGAAAGCUUGAGUGCAUAAAUCCAAUAUAUAUAUUUUUAAAGAUAUAUCGAAUAUAUUGCUCGAGUGAUCAUGAAUUUUUGCAUUUCAAGCUUAAAUUGUUUCUCUUUCUCUUCUUCUUCUUCAUCAAAAUCGUUUUCGAAUCAUAACGAACAAGAUUCUCAAACUCUUCGAAACCUUCAUGCCUUCUUGUAUGAUGAAUUGAAAAUCGCCACUGAUGGGUUUCGAUCUUCCAAUAAAAUUGGUGAAGGUGGAUUUGGUUCUGUCUAUAAGGGGAGGCUCAAAGAUGGAAGAACAGUGGCUGUUAAAGUGUUAUCAGCAGAAUCAAAGCAAGGAGACAGGGAAUUCAUGUCUGAAAUAGUCUCACUAUCCAAUAUAAGCCAUGCAAACCUUGUUAAGCUCCAUGGUGGCUGCAUUGAUGGACCCUCUAGAAUUCUUGUUUAUGAGUACAUGGAAAACAAUAGCCUGGCUCAGGUCUUGCUAGGAGGGGAGAAAAAUAGAGCAAACCUUAGCUGGAAAUCAAGGAAAGAAAUUGCUCUAGGGAUUGCUCAGGCCCUUGCCUAUAUUCAUGAGGAGGUCAAGCCACAUAUUGUGCAUCGAGAUAUCAAACUUAGCAAUAUACUCUUAGAUCAAAAUUUCACUCCCAAAGUUUCAGAUUUUGGUCUUUCAAGACUAUUUUCCGAGAAUGUCACUCACCUUAGUACAGGAGUAGCCGGAACAUUUGGGUAUCUUGCUCCAGAGUAUGCUGUAAGUGGACACUUGACACGAAAAUCAGACGUUUAUAGUUUCGGAGUGUUACUUCUAGAGAUCGUGAGUGGACGAACAGCAAUAGACUUCGAUGUAGAACUAGGAGAGUUCUUCCUCGUUGAGAAGGCAUGGGAGAUGUGCAAAUCAAACGAGCUGCUGCAGCUGGUGGAUCCUGUGCUGAAAGGGAGCAUCUCAUCAGAGCAAGAAGUUGUUCAUUUCCUCAAGGUGGGGUUGCUGUGUGUGCAAGAGAAAUGUGGGCUUCGGCCUUACAUGUCGAAGGCGAUUAAGAUGAUGUGCGAUGGAAUAGACAUGGAUGAUUUGCAGAUAUCAAAGCCAGGGCUCAUCACCAAUAUCAUGGAUGUCAAAAUAGGAAACAGACGUUCCUCAUCACCAAGCUAUACCAGAAUGUUAAGCCCUCGGUUACAUACUAGAUAAAUCAACUAGGAUUUUUACAUUGAUUUUCCUUAGUUAUCUCCUUUUUUUUUUUGGUUUUUAUUCCAACUCAUGAUAGAUUGUAAAUAGUUUUUUGGGGCCAAACCCAAAAUACCAAUGUUAAUUUUUGUGGAAAAUCAC